AUGCCAACGACUUCAUCUACUACGUCAUUAUCGCCAUGUUCGAUGGCAGAGAAUAGGGGAAAAUAUAUUGUAGGAGUAUGUGCUAUGGAUAGAAAAGCUAGAUCAAAGCCUAUGCGAUAUAUACUUAAUCGAUUACUUAUGCAUGGGGAUUUCGAAAUUGUCAUAUUUGGUGAUAAAACUAUUUUAGAUGAAGAGGUCGAAAAUUGGCCUGGUUGUGAUUUCUUGAUUUGCUUCUUUUCAGGUGGAUUCCCACUUGAUAAAGCCAUCGCCUAUACAAAAUUAAGAAAACCAUACUGUGUCAAUAACGUAGUCAUGCAAUCAUUAUUAUGGGACAGAAGAGUUGUAUUAUCCGUUCUGGAUGCGAUUGGUGUACCUACACCACCAAGAUUAGUUAUCUCUAGAGAUGAUGGAGCAAAAGUAGAUCCUGAAGCGGCCUCUGCAUUCAAAUCAUGUACGGGUAUGGACAUGGACCGUGUCUUGGCAAGAUAUGCUACCAACACAGAAUCAAUUCAUAUCGAUGAUCAUUAUAUCGAAGUCAAUGGUGAACGAUUAGAAAAGACCUUUAUUGAAAAACCUGCUGACGGUGAAAAUCACAAUAUAAACAUUUAUUAUUCUGAAAAGAGAGGAGGUGGUGGAAGAAGGUUAUUCCGUAAGAUUGGAAAUAAAUCAAGCGAAUUUGAUCCGGAUUUAAAAACUCCACACGAUCAAGGCUCUUGGAUUUAUGAAAAACUAAUGGAAACUGAAAAUUGUGAGGAUAUCAAACUUUAUACAGUCGGUCCUCAAUUUGUCUAUGCGGAAACAAGAAAAUCACCUACUGUAGAUGGCCAUGUCAGACGUAACACGGAUGGAAAAGAAAUUCGUUAUCGCGUAAAGUUAACACAGGAAGAAGAAGAUAUCGCCAGAAAGGUAUCAAAGGCAUUUGGACAAACAGUCUGUGGAUUGGAUAUUCUUCGCGUUCAAGGGAAAUCAUAUGUCAUUGAUGUCAAUGGAUGGAGCUUUGUAAAAGGAAAUGACUUUUAUUAUGAUCAGUGCGCCAAAAUAUUAAAGGAGAUCUUUUAUCGUUCUGUACAAGAGAGACCCCUUUCACUCGCAGAUCAUAUUCCUCCCGAGAUAUCUCCCGAGAAUUCUUGGAGACUCAAAGGGUUCGUUGCUGUCUUUAGACACGGCGAUCGUACACCAAAGGAAAAAAUGAAAAUGUCCAUCAUGGAGCAACCAUUUAUCGAUUUACUACAAGGCUCAACAAGAGAAGUUGUAUUUAGACAAAAGCACCAAUUAGAGUCAGUUAUGCAGGCAUUAGAUGUCUGUCUUGAAAACUGCCCUGAUGAACAACAAAUGAAUAAGCUGUUGGCAUUGAAGGAAGUCUUGGAGAAGAAGCACGAUUUACCAGGCACAAAGGUUCAAUUAAAACCCAAGUUUGAUAGGGAAACAAAGAAAUUGCUUAAAGUUCAAGUGAUUGUGAAAUGGGGAGGAGAGUUUACUCACGCUGGUCGUCAUCAAUCUAAAGAUUUAGCAGAAAACUUGAGAAAGGAUAUGAAUAUUUUAAACAGACAAGUGUUGGAGGACGUAAAGAUAUUCAGCAGUUCAGAGAGACGAGUGAGAGAUACUGCUCAAGUUUUUGCUCGAUGGUUCCUAGGGGAUCCUGAAACACUAGAAGGGGUUAUCUCAGAAAGUAAAUAUUUACUUGAUGAUAGCAAUGCAGCCAAGGAACAAUCGGAUGCAGUGAAGAAACAAUUAAAAAAUCUGUUGAAACCAGGCAACAAUAUUCCAGAGUGGAUGCUCGCUCAAGUCGGCUGGGACGCCAAAUUACCACAGCCUUAUAUCAUCCUUCAGGAAGUAUCAGAAAUGAUGACACGCAUGCAAUUUAUCAUGAGAGAUAAUUGGUCAACCUUGGAUGUCGAUAACAUCCAAAGACGUUGGUGUUGCUUUGACUCUCCCAACCUGUUCAAGGAAAGAUGGGAACGUAUGUUUAGACAGUUUACAAAUGAAGACGCUGGCUUUAGCUAUCCAGAUCCUUCAGCCAUACCAGCCUUAUAUGAUUCAUUAAAAUACGACUCUCUUCACAACAGAACCUUCUUGGAGACUAUCUUUGGGCAUCCUGAGGACAGCAACAAUGACCUGUUAAGGAAACUGUAUAGAAACGUUAAAAUCAUGUUUGACUUUGUUGCUCCUCAAGAAUUUGGCAUUUCUGAUAAUGAAAAGAAAAAUAUCGGUAUGCUCAUUAGCUUUCCUCUGUUAAAAUCUAUAUUAAAUGAUUUGGAUGAAAUGCAAUUCUCUGAUAAUCCGAGGACAAGACUCUAUUUCACUAAAGAAUCGCAUGUACAUGCAUUACUUAACCUGGUAUAUCUAUCCGGUGUACCUACAAAAGUACCCAAAAAUACUCUACCUGAAUUAGACUUCUUGACACAAAUCACAUUUGAACUGUAUGAGAGAAAUAGACAAGAAAAAGAAUAUUCUCUACGUAUCGGAUUCAGUUCAGGUGCUCACUAUGACAGCGUACUUGAUCUAAAAAUGGAUGCUGAACACUGUUUAAAGGUGGCACCUAGAAGAAAUUUGAUUCCACACUUGUCACUAGAAGAAGUCCUUACUUACCAUAAAGGGUAUUUAAAUGUACCUAAUCUAAAAAGUAUUGAAGAACAAAUAGAAGAAAGAAGACUGUAUUAUGCACAAGAAGACGACCAAUAA